AUGAGCCAGAACGUUCAAGAAGUCACUGCUCGGGCAGUGGAGGCGUGUCAACGUGGCAGCAUUGAUGCUUUGGAAGCGGCUCUGAAAGAAGGCGUGCAACCAAAUGCCACGGAUGCUGAUGGUUGCUCUUUGCUGCAUUGGGCUGCCAUAAACAAUCGUUUGGAUAUUAUUCAAAGGCUGCUCGAACUUGGUGCAGAUCCGAAUGUGGUCGGUGGGCUACUUGUGUCAUCGCCGUUACAUUGGGCUGCACGUGUGGGACAUAGCAACAGUGCGGCACUGCUUGUUAAAGCAGGUGCUGUAGCUAAUGUACGUGACACACAAGGAUAUGCCCCUAUCCAUCUAGCCGUACAAACUAACCAGUCGACACUCGUUGCAUAUCUUCUGGAGAAGUUUGACUAUUGCAAAGAUAUAACGGACAAUAGUGGAAUGACACCAGUCAUGUGGGCGGCAUAUCGUACCUUUGGAAUGUUUCCAAUCCGGUUACUAGUCAGAGCCGGAGCAAAUCUGAAUGCUCAAGAGCAUCUAUCUGGCAACACUGCGCUCCACAUAGCAGCACAGGAGAGAAAUUAUUGUUCCGUAAGAGAGUUACUAGCGGGUAACGCGGAUCUUCUCCUGCGUAAUAAACAGCAAGAGACACCUAUGGAUAUUGCAAGGAACAUGAGGAAUCACAAGAUCAUAGGUAUGCUGGAGGAAGCAAUGGUAUCUCGUGGAAAAACGCCGGCGAAGUGUAAAGCUUGUAGGACGGUUUUUACAAAGAGAGUCACUCAUUCGUUGGAAUUCUUCAUCCCCGGUCUAGUUCUGGCUUCGAUCGCGUUGAUGUUUCAUUUAUUCCACUAUAUGGUAGUCGGUGCUAUUCUUGUUCUGGGUUUCAUAGCCUUGCAAUGUGUUAGCAAAUUUGAUUUCCACACUGCUUCGAAAAGUCUCGUUCCCGUCGGAAUUUGCGUUGCUGAGCCUGUAUGUAUGGUCCUCACCUGGUGCUUUUCUUUGCAUUAUUUCGUUUCCUGGUAUCUACAAAUCGCGUUCGUUCUGGUCAUGUGCACUUUAUUCUGGUCACUUUAUAAGAUCAUAUUCUCUAAUCCCGGUGUUAUCGAACCAAGGGAGGACGCACGAACUCAAUUUGUGAAUAUGCUUGAGCACUGUGAACGUGUCAAUUUCUGCUUCACAUGUUGGGUCAACAAGCCAAAGCGAGCGAAACACUGCAGUGUUUGUGACAGAUGCGUCAUGGAUUUUGACCACCAUUGUCCAUGGCUUCAUCAGUGUAUAACGAUUCGCAAUCUCCGCAUGUUCCUUUUAUUUGUCGCAUGUGUGGCCGUGUCGGCGGGAAUCUUUUCCUAUGCAUGCGGCCACCUUAUAUAUACGAGAAUUGUCAGGAUCAAUCCAGGAGACACGCCAUAUAGAUUAUUGGCAAUCGCUGAUGGUAUUUUCAAGUCUAGCAGUUGGCUCUUAUUCUGUCUCACUUUAGCAUUUUUCCAUGCAAUCAUGCUGACGGCAUUAUUAGUCAACCAGUGUAUACAGAUUUCUGAAAACCUAAGCACUAUGGAUCGCAUCCGGAUUAGUCGUGGGCAUCACUACACUCCCGUAAAUGCAGAGUCAGCCGACAACCCAGUUGAGCCAGCCCUGACAUUUUCCACCCGUCUACGAAAUGUCGCCGAUUUCUGCAUCGACAGUUUCUGAGUUAUUCUUCAGGUCAUACGUUCGAGUAUCGUUUGUGUGCUAAAGUGUGUUUGCCGCGUUCUUUGUACCUCCUGACCAUAUGUUCACAAUCUCUUACAGGAUCUUUGCUACUUAUAUAGGUUUUUUGAAUUUGUGGUCCAAAGUUUCGCUUGCGCAAAUUUUAUCAGUUUAGAAUCGAUACUGAGAGUGCGCUCACCACAGGUAUCUUGAUGUAGUAAGUUUGCAUAGAGAUAUAGUUCCAUUUCCAAUUAUAAAUCCACUAUGGUUGUGGAUGCAAUAAGCCUUUGCUUAGCACAGCUUGCUAUCCUAUUCAUUUCGGUAAAAAAAAUGCAAGCUAUCAUUUCCGUGCCAGUAUAUCAUGUAAGUCAGUGAGCAUUUUGCGAAUGUUUUUUUUUUCUAGAUCCUACCAGCUUUAACCAUUCAAUGGUGUCUGAUUAGCUGUUGAUUUAUCCGCUCAAAUACCGCGCAGCUUCUCAAAUGCUGCGGUUAUAUUCACUUAAGAUUUUACGUUGUUUUUGUUGUUCUCGACACAACAUAUUUUUGAGCAAUUUUUGUUGGAUUUGAUUGUUCUGGCAUGUCCUGCUGUUCUUCUUUCUGUAUAGCGAUUUUAAAGAAGAGCACAUAUUUCACUUUUUCUGUCGUGAUAUUUUUUGACUAGUUGACGAUUUACUUCGCCAUGGGUUCUGUACUGUAUAGUUAUUUGAUCUCUUUCCUCUCCGAUAAACCGAUUCAGCAAUCGUGAUGUAGUAAAUUAGUG